AGUAAUUCGCGCAUGUGAGAAGGCUCCACUUGUCAGUCAGACUUUGAACUGCGCACUGGCGCUCAUCACUGCUUAUCUCUGACCGCUGCUUGUCAUCAAAAGACGCUGGGCACUGACACUUAGCGAGCUCAGAUGUAAAGAUUAGGAUGAACAGUUGUUGAAAGAAAGAGAGAGAGAGAGAAAGAGAGAGAAAGGAAGAAGGAAAAAUCCAUAGAGCAUCUCUAAGGGAACAGAGCGGGGAUUAAACGUUCGCUUUAACGUUUACUCGGGAGUUGAGAUGGUCAACACCAGGGAUGUGUUUUUCGCCUUGCUUUUCGUGGGCUGUGCAGUUUCACUCGAAGUUCAGAUCACACCUGUUCUUGGUGAGAUCAGCCUUGGAGAGUCCAAAUUCUUCAUGUGUGAUGUUGUAGGCGUUGCCAAACAUUUGGACUGGUAUGGCCCAAGCGGGGAUCGGAUAGACCCCAAUAGACCAGACUUGACUGUAACCCGCACUGAUGAGUCAUCUUCCACCCUCACAUUUUAUAAAGCUAAGACUGAUAGUGCCGGGAUGUACAAGUGUGUCGCUACCAACGGAGACCAGCAAGCAGAGGCAACCAUCACAGUAAAAAUCUUCCAAAGAAUAACCUUCACAAAUGCUCCAUCUCCUCAAGAGUUUACUGAAGGAGACAAUGCAAACAUUGUCUGUGAUGUCACCAGCUCACCUUCACCCACUGUUUUUUGGAAAUAUAAAGGAGCAAAAAUACAGUUUGAAAAAGAUGUUCGUUUCAAGGUACUGAGCAACAACCACCUUCAAAUCCGUGGCAUAAAGAAGACAGAUGAGGGCUUGUACGUGUGUGAGGCUCGCCUCAUGUCACGCGGCGAGAUUGAUAUGCGUCCCAUCAGCGUAGUGGUGAAUGUCCUCCCAACCAUCAGAAUAUGGCAGUCAGAGGUGAAUGCCACGGCAGAUGUUGCCCAGCCUGCCACUUUGACUUGUGCUGUUGACGGCUACCCAGAACCCAUGGUGACCUGGAUAAGGAACGGCGUUGAACUUAGAGAUGAAGAAAAGUACAGCUUUAAUGAAGAUGGCUCAGAAAUGACUAUAAUGGAUGUUACCAAACUGGAUGAAGGAGAAUACACAUGCAUUGCCAAAAACAAGGCUGGGGAGAGUGAGAAGGAACUGAGCCUCAGAGUGUUUGUAAAACCCAGGAUCACUUACAUAGUGAACCGGACCACUUCAGAGAUGGAAGAACAGGUAACUGUUACUUGUGAAGCAUCUGGGGAUCCAACUCCAACCAUCAGCUGGAGCUACGGUGAGCAAGUUUUCGCUGAAGGAGACCAGGCACAUCUAAACAGGAUCUAUCAGGCAUCAUGGACUCGGCCUGAGCAGCACAAGAGCCCAGAUGGAAAUGUGGUUGUAAGGAGUGAUGCUCGUGUGUCCUCCCUCACUCUGAAGUAUGUCAAGUAUACAGAUGCUGGUCAGUAUCUCUGCACAGCACGCAGCGCCAUUGGAGAGGAUGAACAAAUUGCUUAUCUGGAGGUCCGCUAUACGCCUAAGAUCCAUGGAACAGUCGCAGUUUACACCUGGGAAGGAAAUCCGGUCAAUAUCAGCUGUGAGGUCAAGGCUUUUCCCACUGAUGUGUCAAUUGUUUGGCUGAGAGAUGGACUGCAGCUCCCAAACUCAAACACAACCAAUAUCAAGAUCUUCAGAACUCCUUCAUCCAGCUACCUACAGAUUACUCCUGAGUCUGAAAAUGAUUUUGGAAGCUAUAACUGCACCGCCUCCAAUGAGAUGGGCACCGAGUCCAAGGAGUUCCUGCUCAUUCAGGCUGAGGUUCCAUCAGCUGUAGUAUUCAAUGAGGUGAGGCCUUUCUCCACCACUGCUCUGAUCCAGUUUGGGGAGCCAGAAUCUCUCGGAGGCGUUCCUGUUCUGAAGUACAGAGCUCAGUGGAGGAUGCAGGGCAGGGGCAGUUGGAUUCAGAAGGUCUACGAGGUCACAGAUGGAUUCAUCAAUGAAGUGACAAUUACGGGCCUGAAGCCAGAGAGCCGCUACGAGGUGAAGCUUUCAGCCAUUAAUGGCAAGGGUGAAGGAGAGAGCAGCCCUGUCCAGUUCUUCAAGACGGAGCCUGUUCCCCCCAUUAGCAGAAACGACCUUUUUCAUUUUUUCACUGACAGCACAGAAGGAAAUCCAAACCCUCCUAAACUUGAGGGAUCACUGCAGCCUAAAGGUAACUCCCUCAAAGUCAGCUGGAUUAAGCAGGAUGAUGGCGGAUCUCCCAUCCUGCAUUACCUGAUCCGCUACAAACCAAUCCAGGCAUCAGUGUGGAAGCCCGAAAUCCGGAUGCCCAGUGGCAGUGAUUACGUCAUCCUGCAGGGAUUAGAGUGGGACACAGACUAUGAUGUGUAUGUGGUGGCUGAGAACCAGAAGGGGAAGUCCCCACCUGCCACCAUGUCCUUCAGGACAUCUGCAGAGCCAGAGGCCAUCCCAGAUUUGGGUGAUGAUGGACCUUUCUCCAUGAACAUCAUGCUCUGGGCAGGAAUCCUAGUUGUAGUAUUUAUACUCCUGCUGCUAGCAGUGGAUGUCACUUGUUAUUUUGUCAACAAAUGUGGCCUUAUCAUGUGCCUCUGUGGAAAAUCAGGCACAGGGACUAAAGGGCACACUUUGGAGGAAGGAAAAGCUGCUUUUGUGAAAGAUGAGUCCAAAGAGCCCAUAGUGGAAGUCAGAACAGAGGACGAGUGCACAGCCAAUCACAACGCAGCUGGACCGACGGAGCCCAAUGAAACCACGCCGCUCACAAAGCCAGAGCUGGUGGCUUCUCUGGCACUGGACACCCCCUCCUCGAUAGCCACCAACUCUGACACAGCCACCGCAACAGUUGAUCCUGCUCAGGAAAGCCCCUCUAGCGAGACCACCACACUCACUUGCAGCCUGUCCACCCUGGCCAACGAGCCCUCGCCCACCCCUCUAACAGCGCCAGCUCCGACCCCGGAGUCGAACACUGCCCCGCCGACCCCCGUCUUCUCCUCAACUGUCGUAGAAGCGAAAAUGGGGCCUUUGCUUGAAAGGGAGGGGAUUAAGACCCCAGAAGAUAAAGAAAAGACUAACAAUCCUUCUCUUACCCCUGAACAGAACAGACCUCAAAAAUCUGGAACACCGAUACCGCCAAAGCGCAGACACUCUCCUAAACUUGCUGCUCUCAACGCUAAAAAUAGCCCACCAGUUUCCCCUCUUGCUACGUCUUCUCCUCCCACUCCAGACACCAAGAAGCCUGCUCCGAGCCCUCCGGUCACUAAGCCCACUCCACAGCCAAACACAGUCGCCUUAAACAAAGAAACGCCACAGCAAUCUGCUUCUAAUUCUCUUCCAGAACCAAAACCUAAACCUGGUGUUCCAGAUUCCACUGCAUACAGCUAUUCUGCUUUUAAUACAGAUAGACCUACUGAUAAUAACAUCCCCACAUCAAAACCCGCUCCGAGUAAAACUCCUGCAGAUAUCCCAGAUGAUGUUGAAGAUCCACACGCUGAAAACCCUGCCUCCCUAUUGGCAGACGUCCCCUCGCCUUUACCCAUCACUCUGAUUAAUUCAACGGUUCCCAAUGACCUCCUCACGCCGGGGUCCGAGCUUUAUGAAUUAACAGCUCCAAACACAGGGCACAAAAACGCAGAUUUAGAGUUAGAGCUGAGAAAUGGCACAGGAAGACCCUCACGGCCCCUCUCAGACCUCAUAAGCUUAGAGAGCCCAUCCGCUGCCCCCUCUCUGCCCAGCGGACACCAAGCAGGCUUCCCUCCCUCAGGCCCUGUUCUGGAGGCUUCAGAGACCCUCAAGACCGCUCCUCCUGUCAACGAUGAGUACGGCUCCCUCUAGAGGAAGAUAUUUGCUGAUGAGAAAAGCAAACUGGACGAGGGGGACCUACCAAACACCCUGAUCACCUCAGUACACAACAGUGUCAUACAGACAAACACAGCAGAGAGCAAAGUAUGAUGGGCCACUGGGAAACAGUAACCCGACUCAGUCAUACUUUGCAGCAGCAAUGAGAGGAAAAGCUUUUAUUUUUAGUGCCCUUAAUGCAUUUAUUGCCACACACCUCCGUUGAUCGGUUAGAGCGCACUUGGACUGCUUCCUUUGAAUAAAUGCUUAACCACACCCAGAGAAUUUAUCUGUGCUUCAUAAGAGAUUUAUUUAUUUUUAUUCCUUAUUUUAUUUAACCACUUUAACCAAUUAAUUAAAAUGCAGCUUACAAGGAUCGCCUCGUAAAUAUGUGAAUCUUUAAGCGUGCGUAGUUUAACUACGCAAAAGUACUGGAACAUUAUGAGAAAUGUAAAUGUAUGAAAAAAGGACUAUACAUUUAAAUAUAUAUAUAUAUAUAUAGAAAUUAUUUUUCUUAUUUUCUUGUUCUAUUGUGCAAACUUAAGACUGUUUUCCUUUUUUUUUUAUGUUUUGUGGGCUAGUCUCUUCAGUAGCGUGUUCUGCAUGUCUGACCUGCAAGUGGUUAUAAAGUUUUCACUGUGUCUGUUACAGGGAUUUUUAAUGCUAGCGUCAAAUAAACUAAGGCCCAACUGAAGUAUCAAGGGUAUAACCAUGCAGUGCCUUGCAAAAGUAUUCUAGUAUUCAUAACCCUGAGCUUUUUCACAUUUUGUCCAGUCACAGCCAUAUCCUUCGUGUUUUUUCUUAAGAUCUUUUGUGGUGGACCAAUAAAAGUUACACAUGCUGUAGUUUUACAUGUCGUUUUCUUUCUUACUAAUGAAAAACUGAGUGACAUUCAUUUGUAUUCAAGCACCUCGAAAUAAUACUUGGUACAGUAGAUCCCCCUUUCUCUGCAAUAACUCGGGAUAUGGCUCUGAAUCUUUUACACGUCCAGAAUUUCAGUCUUUCCUGUUUUUUUAAAGUAUCUGAAAUUUAAUUGGAUUAAAUAGAGGGCAUCUGUGCACACCAGUUUAAAAUCUUGUCAGAUUCUCAAUCUUAUUUAAUUCUUUGCCAUUCUAACAGAAAUAUGACUGGAUAUUAACCAUUCCACUGCACAUCUUUAGACAUUUUGCUGCUUGAAGGUGAGCCUCCAUUUAGGUCUUAAGUCUUUUAACUGAUUUUCUUCCAAUAUUGUUUGGUAAUUAUCCAAAUUUUAUCUUCAUUUAAACUCUGACCAGUGUCUCUUAACCUGCUAAAGAGAAGCAUCCCCACAGCAUGAUGCUGCCACCACCGUUUUCACAGCAAAUAUGACACGCUUUGGAUUUUUUUUUCACACAUGAUUGGCAAGCAGAAUAAAACAAAACUGUUAUGGUCUCUGAGACUUCUCCAUAGCUAGAUGAGCCUAUGAUUGCUGCUUGUCUGACUAACAGCCUCAUUGGUCUUCAAAGUGCUGUGGUUCUCUAAUGUUAUCUAAAAAUCUCUUAGGCCUUCAUAAAACAGAUGUAUACCGACUUUAACUAAACAGAGGCAGGAUCUAUUUAGCAAUUACGGGACUUUUCAAAGCCAUUGGAUUCUACUGAAUCUAAAGCCAUGCCAUCUAUCCUUUAUCUUUUCAGAUUUAGAACAUUGUGUUAAUCUGUCAGAAGCAUCCAGAUAAACCACUUUAAGGUUUGUGGUCAUGAAGUGACCAAAUGUGGAAAAACUAAGGGGUAUUAAGACUUUGCAAGGCACAGUGUUUGUUUUGGUAAAAACAGAAACUAUGGCAGCCAUUGCAGGAGGGAGAGAUGAAUAUCUACGAUACAUCAGCGUGCAUGAUCAGAUCACAUCUGGACCAAUUUGUUCAAUUUAUUCUUUCACUGCCUUACUAUAGUGCUGUUACAUAUUAACAUGCUUUAAAAAAAAAAUACCAGCAUUCCAGCUGAUAUAAAGCCAAGUGUUGAGGAACUCUGGAUCAAGUGAAUGUCAUGGGACCUCCGGCUCAAUAUUAACACUUCUGGUGAAGGAGGACGAAGAUUUUUCUUCCUGACAUCUACGCAGAUCAGAGCUCUGGCUCCUUAGUUUUGGAUUUGCUUUGAGGUAAAAAAAAAUAAUAUGGAGAGUUUUUAUACUGUUUAAAAUUUACAGAGAUUUCUUUUGUUUUUUUCCAAUUCCUGCCUGCCAGCUUGUGCACCGUACCUGUGUGUCAGUAGACUGUCUCGUCAUCAGUUUGUAUGAUAUCCUGUAUAGCUUUGUUGUGAGGGACCCUAUUUUUAUUUUCGAUGUUAUAUUAGACAAAAAGUACAACUAAUGUGGUCAUUAUAAAAAGUGUAGUGUAUAAAACUGUCCGUCUCUGGUCACAGCACCAUAUUCCGCCAGCUAUAGCGAAGGAAGGUGUUUUGAGCCUCGGCAUGAACUCAGUCAGUGCUUCAUAAUGUAUAACUACAAGGUACAUAUAUGUGCCUGUGUUUGUAAAAGAGAAAAUUGUUCUUAUAUUGAUUCUAUGUAUGUUCCCUGAGGAGCUUGUUAGGGCAUAAUUACACAAGCUUUUAUUUCAUUUUUUCCCUGUACUUUCUGGUGUGCUGUUUGGAUUUCAUUCUCUGGGAAGGGGGGGGUCCUUUUUGUAUAAUCACUCACCAAGAGCAGCUGCCUGAUAAGUUCAGGAAACCUGUUUGCAGGAAACAGGCUAAGCCACCUGGAACAGAAGAGCAAGUUUUUUGUUGUUGUUGUUUUUUUUUUUUUCUUCAGGCUUCAGACAUCAAAUUAAAUUGACAGAAUGAACUGACUGCAUAUACUUUGAGGAUUCUGCUUUAUUCCUGUUAACCAGAACUCCUUGUUCUCUUAUGUCUGGAUGCUCCUAACUGUUUUUAUUGGGGGAAACUCUGGAAACAUCUGUGUGCAGCCUGAGUGAUGACCGGUUUACAAAAUAAAAAAUGGUUUAUGUGUCAAAUUUU